CUUUAUGUCACUCUUCAAUAGACUUAUAAAAACUUCACUCAGAACACCAUUUGUGAAGCCUUCUGUCAAUAAAACAUGCUUAAGAACACAACCUAGGUCUGCCCAUAAACGCUUUUUUGGCACUACAGCACCCCCUACUCCUCCACCCCCUAAAACAUUUACAUGGAAAUCAGCAGCCGUAUUAACCUUGACAGCUGCAGGUCUUGUUGUUUACUUUAAGAACGAAAAAGAGAAACUUCAAGCACAACGUAAGAAACAAGAGCGCGAUAGUAUUCGAGCCUUAGGCAGGCCCAAUAUUGGUCAACCUUUCAAGCUUUUAAACGUCAAUCAAAAUCGCUUGAUGUCUUCUGAAGAACUAAUGAAUGGCAAGUUUACUAUGAUCUAUUUUGGAUUUACGCAUUGUCCCGAUAUUUGUCCCGAAGAACUUGACAAGAUGGCUGAUGUAGUAGAUACUGUCAAGGCAGAGUUUGGCGAGGAUAUCUUGACGCCCGUGUUUAUUACAUGCGAUCCUUUGCGUGAUACAGAGAAAGUAGUCAAAGAAUAUGUUCAAGAUUUUCAUCCUGAUCUGAUUGGGUUUACUGGUCCUGCAGACGAAUUAAAACAAGUGGCAAGAUCAUACCGUGUUUAUGCUUAUACACCACCCAAUGUGUCUGCAGACGAUGAUUAUUUAGUAGAUCAUUCGAUUUUUAUCUAUUUGAUGGAUCCCAAUGGUAAAUUUGUAGACUGUUAUGCAAGAGACACAACUCCAGAUGAAGUGUUUACUCGAUUCAAGAAUUACAUGCAAGACUAUCUUGCAGAAGGUGGAAAACUAAAGCAUUAUCCCAAAUAAAAUA